AUGGAGCCCGCAGGCGCGGUCUUUUCGACGACUCUUUACCCCCCUCCGCCGUUUUCUCCGCAGUCUCUGUCUCCCUUGGCUCUGCCUCCGCCUCCUCCUAGUCCUUUUGCUGUCUCUCAGCGUCCUUCUGUUCGCUCUGCGCCGGCUGCUGCCGCCGAGGCUGCCCUUCCAGCCGGUGCCCUGUCUUCUUCCUUGCCCUUUACGCGUGCUUCGCCUUCCCUUUCGCUCGCGUCGCAGUCGCAGUCGCUUUCCUACUCUUCUCUGGAUGCGCGGCCUGCUGCGUCGGGCGCCGCAGCGCCUCAGAGGCUGAUUGCGCCCGCUCGCUCAGCUGAGCUUCGUGCACUCUUUCUCGCGCGCAGCGACCUGCGGCAGCCUUCUUUUUUCGAGCUCGUUGCGCAGCAGAAACUCCUCGAGGGUCUCCUCGCGGCGCUUCAGCACGUCGUCGACGUGCUCACAAACCCGCUGGAGAGAGAAGAAGAAGAGCGCCUCCGCCGCGCGGACGCAGACGCAGUCGCAGACAUGCAGAGGCGGAGCUCGCAUGCAUGGAAAGACGGCCGCGAGGCCGCGCACGCCGUGGGCGGCGCCCGCGAAGAAGGGAAGAAGGACGAUCCAACAAGGCGCAAGGAAGAGAGGCAGAAACGCGGCGCCAACGGCGGACCCCGUCGCGCUUCGGUGUCGGAUUCGGGAACCGAGGAGACGCAGAGACCUGGGAGAUUUGCCAGACUGUCAAAAGGCGUUUUGGGGGAUUUACUUCUCUUUCUGAGAGAGAGGCGCAGCUUCGUUUCGCCUCGGCGCCUCGUUCUCUGGAUGCUCACGCACUGGGAGCUUCUGUACGGACUGUGCAUCGCCGGGGUCGAGUAUCAGAGUCUUUGCGCGUCUUCGGCGUCCUUCGCCGAGCAUUUCUACGGCCUCCAGCGCCUCGAUAGUGCCUGGCUUCCUGUCUCUUCUUCAAUCGAGCCUUCUGCGGCGCCACCUCCUGCGUCUUCGCAGCCGCCAUCCGCUUCGGGCUUUCUUCCGGAGGCCUCGGAGGCAGGCCCAGAAGUGCCAAGUGCCGCCUCGGCUGGCGCCGCGCAGGUGGUUGGGAGCUCACACAGCCGCUUACCCACAGAAGAAGCGAUGAAUAGGAAAAGAGAGCAGGAUGCAGAGAUCUCCAGGAUGCUCAAUCUGAUCGAGGCCGCGGGAAGGACGCCUGCGGGGGGUUUAACUCUCAGGAAGCGCCAAGUUUUCUUCAGCGUUCUUUUUCUUCUUCUUCCUUUGCUGCGUCGAAAGCUGCACGCCGCCUACUUGCGCAGUGUACGUACACUCAACACGCACUCUACGACCUUCCUCAAUGAGUCUCCUUUCACCGUGGAGACUGCUUCGCAAGGCGAGGGAGAGGAAGAAGAGCGUUACAAAGAGGCUGAAACUCGCAAGCAGAGGGCGUUCUCUGCUUUUCGUCGAACUCUGUCGAGGGUGGUUCGGCUGGUGCGAGCGAAGGUGCGCAGCUUUUCGCUUCUGUUGCGGCACGUUUGGCGCGUCCGUUGGGCUCUGUUUGCGAAGUUCUACCCGGCCGCGAGUGGGCUGCACGGUUUGGUUUGUUUUGUCUACAUGCUUUUGUACCUCGCAGAUAGUGCGAAGUUUCCGUACUGGUCGCCGUCCAUGCACGCGCUCGGUCUUGUGUACGUGCGGGGGCCGCCGCCUUUUUCUCCCUUCUCGCCUUUCUUUCCUCUGUCGGGUGUCUCUGCGGUCAAGCGAGGGUCGGGAACGUCUCCUGAGUCGCCGGCGCGUGCGCGGCUCCUGCGCGUCGGCGUGGAUUUUCUGGCGCGGACGCUCGCGCGGUUUUCGAGACUCGCACUCGUCAGCCUCGCGCUCUCGCUGCGGCUUCUCGACUGGUGGCGGGACUACGAGACAGCAGUGAGGGCGGCAGCCACGCAGAACGACCUGCUCCAGUUCCCCGGCCUAGGUGCAGAGGCGCUCGCAGAGAAAGCGGAGGCCAAAGAAAUCAAAAUCCCUCCGCCGCCCGCGCCGCCUCAAGGCGUCGGCGCUUCAUGCGUCCCGCUGCCGCAGGACGACCGCAUUUGUCCUCUUUGCCACCGGCCGCGCACGAACGCCGCGUGUCUCUCCACGGGUUUCGUCUUCUGCUACCGAUGCGUGGUGAACUUUGUGCGAGCACAUCAACGCUGCCCAGUCUCGGGGCGCAGCGUGCGCGAAGAUCAUAUCCGCAGGCUCUACGAAGUGUGA